UCAUGCCCCGAGUCCUCCGAUACAGCUAGGGCCGUUCCGCCGCCGCCGCCGUCUCCUCCGCUCUUCCCUUCGCCGCUGGCCUCCGCGCCCCACCUCCGCCUUCGAGUUCUCCCGCCUCGCCGCAGUGCCGAGCGCGUUCUUCCUCUGCCGCGCUGCCUCUUUCACCGGCCGCCGACCGACGGCAAGCCACUGCCUCCUGUACCGUCGAACCGCGUCGCGCCGUUGCUGCACGCGGAGGAGGAGGCCCCCAUCUUACCGUCUGCACACCUCCCUUCGGAAACUAACCGCUGCACAUCUCUCCGCUCCAGUGACUGGCGGCGUGCACCUCGGCAACUUCACCCGUUGACCGUCUUCUCCACCGUGCCGGACACUCAGCAAUCAGGCAACGCCUAGCCGCCACAUACCCUUUCCGUCCUCAUCGGCCACCGCCGUUUCCUAAAGAAAGCAAGCGCUGCCGAAAAGUAGGUCCUAGCUGGGAGUUCAAGCACUGGGGUCAGGAAGGGAAGCGAGGCGAGCUGUCAAUCGGGAUGGAGGCGAUGGUGCGGAAGGUGCAGCAGAGGGUGAGGAAGGCACGGGAGGAGACGGAGCGUUGGGACGACCUCAACUCCCGCCUCCUCUCCCAGUUCUCCAACGCCACGACCAUCAUCACUCGCCUUCCGGUACUUGGAGAUGCUAAAAACUAUGGUGUCCUGCGGUGUGUACCCAACAUCAGGGAGGAUCUCUUGGGGAAGCAGAUGGAGAGCCUGGAGCUCAUCUUUGUUUUGAUGAGGGAAACUUUGGAGGAGUUCAGUGGCAUUGCCAAAGGUUUGAGCAAAGUGUUGCGUGAUACUAAUCAGAUGGUGAGGGGUGGAUCGGCACUCAGUGCAAAACAGUUGCAGUUACAAGUGGGAAUUUUGCCAACUAUCGCAGACUGCUUGGAUGGGCUACGAACGCUGUCAGAUAUGCACCAGGCUGAGUAUGCGCUAAAAUCAUCGAUCAUCUCUUUGUUGACAUGGACAAGCAGUUCAAGUGAUAUCGCUGCAAUGCGCCAACUCUUGGUAGACCAACCGAACAUACCAAAAGAUGAAGUGCAAUCUAUUUUCGACAUUAUAUUUGCAGAUGAAAUUUGUUAGGUUGGGUGUGUGUUGGUGUGUCCUACUAUCUGGAGCCUUAUUACCCAGACAUAUUGAAGGCAUUGUAUUUUGAUCUACUUUCUCAUCUAGACAAAGCAUGAAGGUGGCUGCAGGUUCAGGUUUCCCAAUUGCUGACAAAGCGCAAGCUGGAAUUAUUUUACGGAACCAUUUAGCUUGUGGCAAUGUUCUGUCUCGUUGUAUGGUCAAAGUCUUUAUUUCUGGAAUUUGGUAUCAAUCAAACUAUUGAUGUGCUGCAACUUAAAGUGGUCUGGUGAAAGCGCCUUGAGGAAAUACUGUAGUUACUGGAAGUUUCCUGUGCGAAGCUGCUACUGUGCGGACUAUUAUGACCUAGCUUUGCUCGUUUGACCCUUUUGUUCUCGGUUUUAUGUAACUAUAUCAGUCCUGGAGAUUGCAAGUUAUCAAACCUUUUUAUUGAGAAA